UGAUGAAAAUGACGAUUAUUACGGGUUUACUGAUAAAUCAUUAUGUCUGCUAUGCAAGUUAGAUCAUGAUGAUGAAAAUGGUAUAGAAGGCAGAUAUGAAACUGGAUCUUAUAAUCUUAAAUAUGAACAGCAUGGGAUUGAAAUUGAGGUAACAGCAUAA